AUGGCCGACUCUUUCCAACCGCUCGUCUGCGUAGUCGACUUUCAUCAUCACCGCGGACCCGAAAUCGAACACUGGAUCGGCGCAGAAGGCAGCGAUCCGACGGUGGAAAAUGAUUGGCAAUUGAUCCCCUACAUGGCCCUCCCAGACGGUGCCCACCAAUCCGAGGAAGAAUUCAGCUAUUUCAGUCUCGUGCACAAGGCAAGAGCAGGAAGAGAUGUACAGCCUUCUUCCGUGUUCGGCAUCAGCUGUGUGCACCAAAUAGACAGUUCGCAAUUGCUGUUCCGACCGGAAGAGGUGACGAGGAGUGCGGUACAAAAGGCGGUGGUGGCCAUCACGGACAAACCGCAGAGUUUCUCUGCUCUGCGGGAGAAGCUGAGUGCGGUCACGGGCGCGUGGUUUGCCCAGAGGGAUUUUCGGGACAUUGAGAUUUUGCAGGUGGGUCAGUGGUUUCGGUGCCGGUUUCAAGAUGAGUGGUGCUGAUCUUGGGGAUACAGCGCUUUCAGGAGAGUCUGGCACGGGAGGGAGCAAGCCAUGAGGAUGAGAGGGAUCAGUAUUUUGGGCUCAGUCUGCGGGAGCUCGUUCAUACCUUCAGGUGGCAGAUUCUCGUGUUGCUGAAGUGUAUGCUGCUUCAGCGGAAGGUGAGUGAGUCCACAGCACGCAUUGGAUUUCUUGAUGCUGACCGGAAAAGAUACUGUUCUUUGGCUCUCACUGCGAGCGAAUAUGUCAGGUUCAAUUUUCUCUGAUUUCGCUCAUCCCUGGCCUUGUUCGCAGUCUGAGAGACUGCGCAGACCCACAGAUGGAUCUGUACGCGGAGAGGCUCCGACCGUCGGAUUCUGUGCGGACGAGUGACAGGACGUCUCUACUUGCCUAUGUUGGGCUGCCUCUCCAGCUCUUCGGGAAAGGCUCCAUGUUCGGUCCAUAUACGCCACUGCAACAACUGGACACGAUCACAGACCAAGAGACCAAAAGCUACGUCCUCGGUAGCACAAACAGCCUAUUGCUGGGACAGAAGGAGCGCUAUUGUGAUUUGCUAGUCAAUCUUGACGAGAAUACCAUGACGAUCCUGUCUCCAACCUUGAAGCCAGCAUUGACUCUAUCUGUGGCUGAUCGAAGGUGGAUCGAUUUCCUCACACAGGCGGUGAACGACACUUGGGACGAGAACGAUCCUUCGAGGCCUACAACUCAUGGAUACGCGGGGAGCGAGGAGUUCAUCCGGCUUCAAUUUGAGGAAUACUUGAUAGCCCUUCUCUCUGCCACCAAGUAUCAUCAGUACCUGGCGGAGCACAAGGACGGAGAUCCCAAGGCGUUACUGGCCGACGUAGAAGGUGAUCCGGCGGCAGAAUUUUCGAUUGGCUUUGUCGAGGCGUGGCAACAAUCAGAGAACUACAAGCUAUGGAAUAGGACGACCGACGGUCAGCUGUUUGACAUUGUGGAGCCUCGGCAUCCUUGUGCAGGUGGACUGACGAUUGAAGACGUGCAGCGACGCCUGGCUGCUCAGGUCGCGGAGCUGCAUCUUGACGAGCGGUUCAACCAAACUCGGGAAGUAGUCGGCAAGCGACUUGCUGACGGCAGAGUGCAAGUGACAUCUGCCUUCAACAAAGUCUGGGCUGACAUUGAAACCAUGCGGGAGGCACAGCGCAAACGCUCAGAGGAGUCGAGAGCCGCGGCUGCCGCCAAUCCAGCCUCCGAAAAGACGCCUCCGGGAGCAUCCAAAUCCCAGACACAGGCACAAGCGAGCGUAGCAGCUGCGAGCCAACGAGCGGGAGCAUACCUCAGCUCUUGGGGCUCGUGGGCCGCUGAGAAGAGGAAGAGCGGCUGGGGACGUAGCACGUCUACUACUGCUGCACCUACUACCAACCAGGCGCCGAGCGCUGGAGACCGGCCCAAGGUCACGACCGUCAGUGAAUUGCAUCGUUCCACAUCACCGCCAGCUGUCACCGGGCCCGCAAAUGGCGCCGAUAAGGAGAGGCAAAGUGAGGUCUGA